GACGACUACAUCUACCUCAGUCUCGUGGGCUCGGCGGGCUGCAGCGAGAAGCACCUGCUGGACAAGCCCUUCUACAAUGACUUCGAGCGCGGCGCGGUUGAUUCAUAUGAUGUGACCGUGGAUGAAGAACUGGGUGAGAUCCAAUUGGUCAAAAUCGAGAAGCGCAAGUACUGGCUGCACGAUGACUGGUACCUGAAGUACAUCACGCUGAAGACACCCCACGGGGACUACAUUGAGUUCCCCUGCUACCGCUGGAUCACUGGUGAGGGCGAGAUUGUCCUGAGAGAUGGACGUGCAAAAUUGGCCCGAGAUGAUCAGAUUCACAUUCUCAAGCAGCACAGACGUAAAGAACUGGAAACACGCCAAAAGCAGUAUCGAUGGAUGGAGUGGAAUCCUGGCUUCCCCUUGAGUAUCGAUGCCAAAUGCCACAGGGAUCUGCCCCGUGAUAUCCAGUUUGAUAGUGAGAAAGGAGUGGACUUUGUUCUGAACUACUCCAAAGCGAUGGAGAACCUAUUCAUCAACCGCUUCAUGCACAUGUUCCAGUCUUCCUGGAGUGAUUUCGCUGACUUCGAGAAAAUCUUUGUCAAGAUCAGUAACACUAUUUCUGAGCGGGUCAUGAAUCACUGGCAAGAAGACCUUAUGUUCGGCUACCAGUUCUUGAACGGUUGCAACCCUGUGUUGAUCCGGCGCUGCACGGAGCUGCCAGAGAAGCUCCCAGUGACCACGGAGAUGGUGGAUUGCAGCCUGGAGCGGCAGCUUAGCUUGGAGCAGGAGGUCCAGCAAGGGAAUAUUUUUAUCGUGGACUUUGAGCUGCUGGAUGGCAUCGAUGCCAACAAAACAGACCCUUGCACACUCCAGUUCCUGGCUGCGCCCAUCUGCUUGCUGUAUAAGAACCUGGCCAACAAGAUCGUCCCCAUUGCCAUCCAGCUCAGCCAAAUCCCAGGAGAUGAGAACCCCAUUUUUCUCCCUUCGGAUGCAAAAUACGAUUGGCUUUUGGCCAAAAUCUGGGUGCGUUCCAGUGACUUCCAUGUCCACCAGACCAUCACCCACCUUCUGCGUACACAUCUGGUGUCUGAAGUUUUUGGCAUUGCCAUGUACCGCCAGCUGCCCGCCGUACACCCCAUUUUCAAGCUGCUAGUGGCGCACGUGCGAUUCACCAUCGCUAUCAACACCAAGGCCCGUGAGCAGCUCAUCUGUGAGUAUGGCCUCUUCGACAAGGCCAAUGCCACAGGAGGUGGCGGGCACGUGCAGAUGGUGCAGAGGGCCAUGCAGGACCUGACCUACACCUCCCUGUGCUUCCCCGAGGCCAUCAAGGCCCGAGGCAUGGAUAGCACAGAGGACAUCCCCUACUACUUCUACAGAGAUGACGGGCUCCUGGUGUGGGAAGCCAUCAAGAAAUUCACGGCCGAGGUGGUGGGCAUCUACUAUGAGAGUGACCAGGUAGUGAUGGAGGACCAGGAGCUGCAGGACUUCGUGAAGGAUGUUUACGUCUAUGGCAUGCGGGGCAGGAAGGCCUCAGGCUUCCCCAAGUCCAUCAAGAGCAGAGAGAAGCUUUCCGAGUACCUGACAGUGGUGAUCUUCACCGCCUCUGCGCAGCAUGCCGCUGUCAAUUUUGGCCAGUACGACUGGUGCUCUUGGAUCCCCAAUGCUCCCCCAACCAUGCGAGCUCCGCCGCCCACGGCCAAGGGCGUGGUGACCAUCGAGCAGAUCGUGGACACGCUGCCCGACCGCGGCCGCUCCUGCUGGCACCUGGGCGCUGUUUGGGCGCUGAGCCAGUUCCAGGAAAACGAGCUGUUCCUGGGCAUGUACCCAGAAGAGCAUUUUAUCGAAAAGCCUGUGAAGGAGGCCAUGGCACGAUUCCGUAAGGACCUCGAAGCCAUCGUCAGUGUGAUUGCUGAGCGAAACAAGAACAAGAAGCUGCCAUAUUACUACUUGUCCCCAGACAGGAUUCCCAACAGCGUGGCUAUCUGAGCACACCUGCACCAGGCCCUCUGUGGGAAGACCAGCUGCUCUGGCCAGUUGGACUCCAGGCCUGUCUGGUAGGCUCUCUGGUCAGCUCCUGGCAGCUCACUUCCUCUGAGGCUAGUGCCUUUCCUUAUCCUUUGGGCUUUAGGGAAUCCCACAGUUUGACCAAAGUGUGUAAACACCACAGGGACGCCUCCUACACAGAGCAGGACUGCACUGCCCCCUGCCCAUGCCAGCUCAGCACUUCCACACCAAGCAGCAACAGCAAAUCCCAACCACUGACAGAUGGAGGCAUGGGAUAAUUACUUUCUUUUCUAUUUAUGCUUAGUCCCAUUUCUUGUAUAUCAUAGGUGCCCAAAUAAAUUCCUCCUGAAUGAUUUAAGAAUUGGUUGUAAUAAAAAUAGAGGUUAAUUUAAAA